AUGCCUAAAUUAAAAACAUUAAAAAAUAUUAUCGAUCGAAUGAAAGCUAUGUGUAAUUUUGUUUCUGGUGAUAUGACAGUAAAAAUUGAAACAGAUACUGCACAAGUGGCGACAUAUUUUACUGGCCUUCAAGAAACAUCUAGAGCAGAUCCUACGGGUGGUGAUCGAUCUCAAUGGGAUAUGUCAAUAACACAACAAUCAAAUUCAUCAUCAACAAAUUCUAUUGAUAUGGCUGAAGUACGUUUAGAUAUUAAGAAAUUUGGUCAAUUACUUCACUCACAACAACCAUAUGCUGAAAAAAUGGUUUUUAAUUUUUGUAAUAAUAGCAUGUUACAUAUUUGUAUUGUUGCAGAAUAUUUUACACUUCAAUGUAUUCUACCUUCGAUUCAACUCUAG